AUGCCGACCUACUACUGUCCCCAUUGCUUUCCCAAACUAGGGAUUGGUGUUUUAAAAGCAGAGCGUAGAGACAUCGGUCCAAUUCAGACAGAUGAACCUGCCGAAGACUGCACGACGGAUCGGGAUACUCGCUACAAGUAUGCUGAUCGAGUAGUGCCUACUAAUCCUUUUAAACCCACCCGAAGCACGGAUAAGCCUACAAGCCGCCCGUGCACACCUUACGGCUUUCAUCGACAUGUGUCUUUCAGCAAUAGAUUGGCAAGGUCACUCUAA